CAGAAACCUUGAAAUGCAGGCGGCUUGUUUGAUGCCUGAACUUUCAGAGCCUGGCUCUCUCUGACACCAACCUACCUCAACUGGCCAACAGCUGGAACGAAACAGCUACCAGCUUUUGGUUUUCCUUUACCCUGUUAACCCAUCGCGACCUCUGUCCAUUACGUCCACUAUCUCUCCACCCUCGUCAUGUUCUCAAGUAAUGUCGCUGCCCACACCUCUGUCGCUAUUUUGCGAAACCCCCGUCGACGGCAGAGAAACACCGCAGACGAGUCGGUGAAGCCGCCCAAAGCGAAACGACAACGAUCGACGUUACGACAGAAUGUCAGGGAGUCUGAGUCUGCUGUGGCUAAAAAUCAUGGUGAAGAACAAUCGCUGCAAAAUGGAGAGUCCUUGCCAGAGGAGGUACCUCCAAGUCGGCCGGUGAUUAUGAAUGAGCUCGCGCUUAGAGGACCUAGGAAACAGGACAAACGUGGAGAUCAUGCGGAUGGGACCAUUACUCUUUCUAGCAAUGAUUUUUACAAUGUUGCGCAUUUACCUUCGGUACCUGAGCAGAUCAAGGACAACCCGGGAGCGCCAUUGAGAUACACAAUUAGCCCCUCGAAUGGAUAUUGCCUUGCCCUUUCGCAACAUGAAGCUAUCGUAUGGCCGUACACCACCCCUCCGCAGUCCCUCACUCCAAGCACGGUACUUCAUUUUGUUAUCCCGAGCCCAGCGAGGAACUCCGAUGACCCCCUGCCAUUGGGGACAUUUAUAUCCAAAUCUGCGGAAGGCAACCCAGGGCUGAUAGUUGUCGUUCCAUCAACGGGCAAAAUUACUCUUUGGGAAACAGUUUCGAAUGCUGCCAUUCUCGGGCUAAUGAAGCAACGACAAAACGGAAUCCAGGGGGAAAUACCUGGUAUGUUAUCUGGAGAGAUGGCUACGGAGAUCAUUAACGCGGAACCUUCGGGGAUUAUCAUUGCAUUGUCUACUGGCCGCCUCGCCCAUGUGUCUAUUCGUGAUUCACAUGGAAAACCUGGAAUUUCGGUUCAGGUACUCCGUGGAACCUCGCGGGGAGGGGGUGGUGGUUUCUUCGGCGGACUUAGAAGCGUGCUCUCUGGAAGCUCGUGGAAAAGAAAAAUCGCGGCUGUCAAGGCGGGCAUGUCGUCCCAGCGUGGCCAGCGCGAUAUCAUAAUAGCCACCAGCGCCGGGGAGUUUGAGUUAUGGGAUAUCCAUUGGAAUAAUGGGAACUCUCUAAAAACGCAGGUGGAUGCGAAGCAACACAUACUACAAGCUCUGAGACGCACGGUGGAUAUCUCUGAAGAUGAUGCCCAAAAUGCUUUCCAGGUUUAUGAUUUUGCGUUCGCCAAUGGUGACUCCAGUAACUACGCUGCUGGGAAUGUUGAUGGCGCCAUCUCACUCUGGGCGCUUGUCGGAGUAUGUGAAAACUCGUCCCUGUCGUACUUUGUUGUCGGCUUGAGGAUUGCGGGUUCCACAGCGACUGCUGAUGUUGUUAACCCCAUUCAACUCCGAAAUCACUCUGUGGAUUCAGGCACCCCCUGGGCGCCACAUUUAUAUGUCCCUAAACCUGGAUGCCGGGCGUUUGUAAUCUUCGACAAGGGGAUGAUUAUCCUAUCCCUCGAUCCGUUUGUUGACCCGGCAUCGGCCCAGCUCUUAGGAGAGACCCACGCUACGCUUUCGAGCUUCCAGGAUUACAUCCGGCUCAAGGAAGGACAUGAAUAUGUCGUCCAGGGGUGUGGCCCUGAGGACUCCGAUGCCGACCAUGAAUAUCCGUCAUGUAUACUCAUGAUUCGCAACUUUGGUCUAGUUCGAGUAUCUGCUUUUCCCACACCAUACUCUGAUAAUGUCAAUGGGGCAAAGAUUACUGCUAAAUCGCGACUCGAGCAGGCCGUAUUCUACGGCAGCAUGAAAUCGAACCCUCUUGAUUUUGUUGGCUAUGAUGAGCUUCGUUCUAGUCCGGCUGAACUUGAACAUGCGGCAUUACAAAUAAGCGACGAAAUUGUCCGGUCUAGCUCGAAAUUCAUUCCGACCACCAUCCCAUCCCUGGAACAGCAGAUGAAGACGCGGGCUACUGCGCUUCAUGACUUAGCCGUUUACAUAAAGCGAUUCCAUGUGCAUAUCUCUCAUCUGACGAGGUGGAAGCUCUUGUGGGCUGCAGAAAAAAUGGCAGCCCAGCGAGCUAUAUGGAGGGUACAACAGAGGAACGAGGAGAACACCACCAGCAAUCGAACGCAUCUCGACUUCAUUCUUUCGAAGAUGGGGGACAAUCAUAAAACGAAAAUUGAGCCGGGAAGUGGUGAAACUGACCUUGUCCGGCAUUGGUUCAUUCAUGAUACGUGGCGAAUGGAAUAUGUCAUUCCGUGGUUUUUGAACGGCCUUCGAAGAGACGAGAGCAACACCUCGCGUGCAGUUGACAGGCAAUUUGCAGAGCGGGUUUGCGAGGCUUGUGAUCUGUCGCUGGCUGCGCUGGAAACAGCCUUCCAAUUUCGAGAGGACAAUGCUGUUCUAUAUGGAGUAGGCGACGAAUUUGCCGAUGACGAUGCAGCCAUCGUGGCACAGUAUAGUGAUUUGCCGGAGUUUUGGACAUCAACCCAAAUCAAUUAUUCAGAAACAGAACAGCUUUUGGACCUGGAACUCAACAUCUGUCGACGCCGGCCCGCUACAACUGCAGCUACCGGAUCGGAUUCAACGGCUACACGAACCGCUAAUGUUCUUGACACGAUCAAGGAAAACAUACCUAGACAGUUCAACGCGUUUGCAUUGCUACACAAAGAGCGAACUAUGUGGUGUGCAGCGCAGAAUGACACAGAUAUUCAGGCUAGUGGGAAAAUGCUUGAGAAAUCGCACGUGGAAAAUCGCAAACCACAAUUGUUUAAACUGGCUGCGAUUGGCUUGCUUGAAGACGCAAUUACCCUUGCGGAAUCAUUCAGAGAUAUGGAUGCCUUGGUGGAACUUAUGGUCGACCUGCACGAGCAAAUAAAAGAACAGAGGCCACCGCGACGACCGGAAGAUGAGGGACCGGUGCUCGAUGAAGGCACUAAAAUCUGGAAACGCAGAAUUGACAACUAUUUCGAACGAUUUGGUGAAGCUUGGGCUGAUGCCUUCUUCACUAGACACAUCACCGUCGGUCAGCCGGAAACUCUGCUCAUCAUGCAGGAGUACCAAGGAGCUGUAACUAAAUUCCUACGGAGCCACCCAGCCUAUUCAAAAUUGAGCUGGAUCAAUGAUAUUGUUGGGGAGCGUGAUUAUAGCACUGCGUGUAAUACCUUGCAGCGCUUAGCGAUUGAACGGGAAACCGACCUAUGGAGCAAGCGUGUCGAGAUAUCCCUUGCUAAAUUAACCAAGCUAGCCGAGUUCGAAAAAGCCGGUUCCGCACCGGCAGACUUGCAAGAGGCUCUAGGGCCGUUCGACCAGCUUACAGAAGUCUGUAACAUCCAGGAAUUGAUCUACGACCAUGUACUCCCUGCUCUACACGGCGCUAUCGAUGAGGGUGCGGCCCUCCAACUAGCCAUCGAACAGUUUGGAAAUAACGUCGUGCGCGGCAAGCCAGCGCUCCGCGCUCUUCUACAACGUUGCCUUGCCAAACUCGUUGCCAGAUCGCCCAUGGAGCCGGAGGAGCUCAUAAAUUUGCUCACGCUAAUGGAUCCCGUUCAGUUCCUUGAAGGUGGAGAAGAGGAAGAUAGUAUUGGCGGGCAUGAAUUUUUGUUUGCGCUCACGGUUUUGAAGUUGGGUAAUUUCCAUCACCUGGACCAGCAGGGACACGAGUAUCGCGAGAAUUUGGAGAUGCUCAUCUGGCGCCGCUGCAUGAUUCGUGAUGAUUGGGAAGCCAUCAACCGGACGGAUAAGAAGGGGGAUAGAGAGGUUGAGUCUAAUGUUCGAUCGACGGCGUUGGCGGAGACGAUGAGGCAACUUGCUGAAGAACUCGGUGAGGAUGUUCGCCUGACCCGCCAAUCGUUCACGCCCUCUCGCAUCCUUGAAACAAACAUCCUCCCUGCAAGAUCCCAUGCGGUCCUGCCGCCUGACCAGCAGAUUAGCCUCGUCCAGGAGCUAGAUGCAGAGGCUGAUCUGCUACGCACGUACUUCGAGAAGGGGAAGCUUGAUGAGUGGUUCUCAUGGAUUAUUAGUGAGACAAGAGGACGGUUUUCGACUCCCGUUCGUGAAGAAAGUAGUGGUGCUGUUGAGGGGUUGUGAUGAUACUUCUUUUACUUUUUUCUGUUUUUUUUAUUCCGUUCAUUCAUUGGCCGUUUCCUUCUCCUCUGUGUACCCCCUCCGUUGUAUUAAUUCUACAUAUAACUGCUAUUUCUAUUUUCUUGUGUGCUGGUUAGCUGGGGUGCAUUCCGUUUACUUUGCUCCAUCUUUCUCGUUUGAAAUUCGCUUGUGGAAUGUAUGUAGGAUAGGGUUGGGUUGUCAAGUCAACGGAAUGAAAAAGACUUCGCCCCCUAUGGUUCCCUUUUCGCUAGUGUUUCAAGGCCUGCUAUCAUCUUUUCUUCAUAUGAUUUUGUACAUAUUGUCGGAACCGCUUGCCUGCGUUGAACUGGUACAUAACUGCUCUUGUACUGCUGUGCACUACAUGAUCCAAGACAUCAAUCAAUAUGGCGUCGGUGAUCAUGCCUACAACGUUACGAACAUAUGUUCAUUUUAUCAAACGCUCGCGAAACCAAUCAUCUGGAAAACAUCAGGAACGAGAUAAAAGUCAUUUGAUUCAUCAAAUCAUUCAGGUGGCAUUUGCUAAAUUGUAACAAGAAUGAAUGUAGAAGGGGAAAAAAAAAUCUAUCUGUUCUGUCUAGGAACUCGACCCUUGGGAAUAGCUAAACAGGCAUGAGGGAGAAUCUAUAGCCUUCUGAAAAAGUAGACAUACGCAAACUGCUUCAUCUCCUCUACGUCGCUCGCCUCGACGACCUUCUCAUCAUUGAAUAAGACCCACUGUGGCGUCUCCGACCCGGGGAGUAGCUUUCGUACGAAUGCGACGUAGUGCCUGCGAUUUUUAACUUGUUAGUAAACUAUAACAUGUAUUAAACCAAUUACGAGAUGGAAAAACAGUAUGAUAUACUCACCCGGCAUGAACUGAGGCCCCCUUAUGACAGAUGAUGGACUGUAACUGGAAUUCAGCCGGUAGCUCCGUGGAGCCGGGAGGUUCUCUGGCGCUGCCAGUAUCUGUAUCUCCCGGGGAUUCCUCCACAGCUCCUGUGUCAUCGGGAUGGCUGAAAACCCACUCCACCGCUCUAAUAACAUCCCCAUCUGUUUCUCUCAGAGCCUUACGGGCCUUGGCGGCGUCGAUUCCCAUUUCGUUGAGCUGGGCGAUUUUGUCUGGAUCAUCCAUUGAUUGGUCAUUUGACGUGGUAUUGCCUGUUGUAAGCUCAACAGGCACGUCAAUAUCCGGAUCCUCCAUGUGGGCAAUUAGCCAAUUCAUCGCGGCCUCUACGUCGGCGUUUCCGGUUGCGUGAAGGGCUUUCUUGCACCUAACUUCUGGGAAUCCCAUCGUUAAAAGCUGAUCAAGUGCAUUCUGGUUUGGAACAAACGCCGUGGUUUGGGAGGUGGAUGAAUCCUCUGGUAAUAGUUCUUCGCCUUCCUGAAGCCCAGAGGACAUGUAGGCACUCAUGUCAAAAGGCUUAUCAUCAACCUCAACAGGAAUAUUAAGCUUUGUUGGCACCCAGUUAACGAGGCUAAAGCGGCGAGCGUUAAUGGCUAAAUUCCUUGGGACAGUCUUAAAACGCGAACGUUUGAGGAAGCCUUCCUUGCUACCACAGGAGGCACAGGUCAGUUCAACUCUCUCGUCUGCAGUAAAAAUGUCCAAACACUCCCUCAGAGUCACGGUUUCGAAUUCUGGUGAAUCAGGUGAGCUUUGAGAUCCAGCUGCGGUUGUAUUGUUAUUGUCUUGCUUUAUACGACGUGCCGGAACAGGGACCGAAAUAUUAUCCUGCUCGUCUAUCGUAUAUCGGACCUUCUUGCACGCUAGGCAUUGUAGGCGCUGUUCUAGCGCAAACCGAAAUGAGCCCACAGGAUCUUGAAGGCCGUCUAUGUGUUUUGAACGCGUAAUGAGUUUGAAGAGGUGGAUAAGAAACUCGAAUGAAUCUUGCUGACGCAUGGUUGAGAAUUCCUCGUGACCACGACCAACCAAAUGUUUGAACAUCGAAGGAGCAAGGCCUUUUUGAUAUACAACGUCGGGCGAAUCAGCGCAAAUAGCUGCGUCUGGAUCAGGGAAUGCGUAACGGCCAGAGUGUAUACCGUCGCUGAGUUUUCGUAAUUGAGUUUCAAGAUCUUCUGCUGGCGACGAUACGCGCGGCGGUUCGGCCAUGGGUUGGGAGUAUCGCUCUUCGAAUUCGGGUAAUGAGAAGAGGCACUGUAAAGCGCUGGAAAUAUAGCAGCUGUUUCCCAAAUUCUUGAGUCCCGUAAGUCCCUUGCCAAAAAGGGGCUUCGAUUCAUGUCCGUCCUGACCAGUCAUUGAAAAGUCCCAUUUAAGGUUUUGUUCAAUUUGCAUUUCCACGAGACUUUGCUCGGUUUUUUCGCGAUCAGCGAUAUUAAUGUUCCAGUGUUUUAGAUGGGCAGCAAGGUCAGGAUCGAUUAUUUCGUCGUUGCAUUUGUAGCAGAAAACGUCCGCAGAGCCCUCAGGCGUAAUGGAACCAAGUUUAACGGCGACCCCAUGGGAAGAAGCAUCUGCAUGAGCGAGGCCAUGAGAAUUGCCACCUACGCCGCCGAACUGACUUCGGCCGCAUCCCAAAUUACCACAUUCGAGGCACAACCAGAGGUUCUCCUUUAAGUCGCACGAGGAACAUUUAGAUAAAUCUAUGGAAGAAAGUUGAGUUUGGGGGCACCUAAUAUACUCUUCCUUGCCCG